AUGGAUACCUUUGUAACAGGUGAAGCUCGCCCUUUGCGCCGCCGCGGGGAAAGCUUUCAUGUGCCUCAGGCACUAACACCAAACCGACCAAACAUGACCGCAUCAACCAAGCGCAUCUACUACUCCGUCCCUCAUCAGAAGUUCCUCUACAUCCCAGGAUUGCACCCUACAGUCAUGGAGCCUCCGAAGUGUCUGGUAUCUCAGAAAUCAUCUGAUUCAGGUCUCCAUAUCCAACUACACCCACUCGUUCUCCUCACUAUCUCCGACCAAAUUACCCGACACGCUGCCCGACAGCAGCAUGGGCCGAUAAUUGGCGCUCUCCUGGGCCAGCAGAAUGGGCGAGAGAUUACACUUGAGCAUGCAUUCGAGUGCCCCGUCACUUGCGGGCUGAACGAUGAGAUUAUUCUGCCAGCGGCAUGGUUUGAUGAACGUCUUCAGCAGUUCAAGGAUGUGCACAAGGAACCCCCUCUCGACCUUGUUGGAUGGUGGUCUACCGCACCAUCGACCGGGCCGAAUGACGCCCAUCUCCCCCUUCACCGACAGAUCCUCCAGGACUACAACGAAUCUGCGGUCUUCCUCGCCUUCCAUCCCUCACAGCUCCAAGAUUCGGAUUCAGCUGGCGGCAAGCUUCCUCUAACCGUGUACGAGAGCGUUCAUGAAGGCGAACCCGCUCACGAUGCAAGCAAAGACAUGCAGGUUGAUAGCGAGGAGCCGGUGCCGAACAUCAAAUUCAGAGAGCUGCCAUACUCAGUGGAGACAGGAGAAUCCGAGAUGAUUGGUAUCGAUACUAUUGUUCAAGCUUCAGGUACAGCAUCUUUGAAUGCGACACAGGAGCCGAGCAAGCGCGCGCUGCGCCCAGAACAGACAGAGUCAAAUAAGAGGUCGCAACUUGAGCUCUCACAAGAGGAAGAGGAGUUAAUCGCAAAUCUCAGCACUCGUCUCAAUGCCGUUCGCACACUCGAAUCCCGCGUCUCCCUGAUCAAGUCCUACCUCUCCAGUCUCUCGGAGGCGGAUUUUAGCUCAGAUCGAUCAAGUGACAAUACAUCUACGACUAAGCUGUCACACCCAAUCCUCCGCAACAUUAACUCUCUCCUCUCGCACCUGUCCAUCCUCUCUCCGUCAGAACAAAGCACCUUCUCCACGGAGGUAUUGUCGCAAAGCAAUGACGUGCUGUUGAUCUCGCUACUUGGUCAACUUGGCGACAACGUCAAGGCCAUGCGCGAACUUGGCCGCAAAUCUGCGGUCAUCCAGGGUGCGCGUCACGUAGCCACCGCUCGCAAGGAUCCCUCCAUGCUUCAAAGGAGCUUCAAUGAGGAGUUCUUUAGCCAAGGUGGGCGUGGAGGUCCCAACAGUGGGAUGUAUUCGUGA